AUGUCAUGUCGUAUAUGCAGCCGACGUCAUCACACUCUACUACACCGACCUAAGGACGCUGCUUUUUCGGUACAAUCUGAGGACUCUAAACAACCGAGAGCAAUACAGCACGGCGUAGAAGAGAGAGAGGAACUAGUCAACACUACGAUCGCGUCGCAUCACAGUGCCAAACAAAGCACAAGUGUAGCACUACUGGCCACGGCAACAGUUUCAGCAAGGAACGACCAUAAUCACACUGUUGUUCUACGUGCACUAGUAGACCAAGGUUCGCAGGCAUCAUUCAUUAGCGAGAAGGCGACACAACUACUCAAGUUAACCAGGCAUACAGCAAGAGGAAGUAUCAUUGGUGUGGGAUCUACAAGAACCAACGUUGAUCACGUGGUGCAACUAAGGAUUGGAUCUCGAUGGAAUCCAAGCUUCGAGAUUAAUGUUCAAGCAUACGUUAUGAAUAAACAGUUAACCACGAAGAUCCCCUCCAAAGCUGUCACUGUUACACAUUGGCCACAUCUAGAGGGACUCAAAUUGGCGGACCCAGAGUAUCAUAAACCCGGUCCAAUAGACUUGCUUCUAGGUGUCAAAGAGUAUGCGCAAAUUGUGCAACAACAAUUAAUCAAAGGUCCUCCUGGUUCUCCAUGUGCUCAAGAAACAAACCUGGGAUGGAUUCUGUUUGGAGAAAUCAAUACCAAUGUUACAGAAGAAAGCUUUCUGGUCCUUCAUCAGCAAAUAGAAGUAGAUAACAUGUUAAAAUCCCUUUGGGAAAUAGACACUGGAAAGAAAAGAAUAUUAACAAAAGAAGAAAAGCUAUGUGAAACAAUAUAUGUAAACACUCAUGCAAGAACAAAAGAAGGAAGAUAUGUAGUAAGUUUACCCUUUAAAACUGAAAAUCCCUUAUGUCUAAAUGGAAACACAAAGGAAAUAGCAAGAAAGAGACUAAUACAGCUUGAAAGAAGAUUUAGAAAGGAACCUUUACUAAAAGAAAGCUACCAAAAGGCCAUGCAAGAAUAUAUAAAAUCAAACUAUAUGGAAAAAAUACCUGAAAAUGAAAGUAAUAAAAACAAAGCCGUGUACUUACCUCAUCACGCAGUAGUCCGCGCCGACAAAGAAACCUCGAAGACACGCGUCGUGUUUGAUGCUUCAGCCAAAGGGUCGAAUGACGUUUCGCUCAACGAUGAACUGCUUGUAGGUCCUCAACUGCAAGACGACCUUAGAGAUAUUGUUAUGCGGUCGAGAUUACAUCGCGUCUGCUAUGCCAGCGAUAUCCAGAAGAUGUUCCUUCAGGUCCUAUUACAUAAAGAAGAUGCCGAUACUUACCAACGCCUUCUGUGGAGAGAAGAAGACUCAGAUCCAAUCAACGAAUACCGUAUGCUUCGUGUUACUUUUGGUACAGCUUCAGCACCCUAUCUAGCAGUAAGAACGCUUCAUCAAGUGGCUGACGAUGAAGGUGGGAACCACCCAGAGGCUGUACGAGUAAUCAAAUCAGAUCUGUACAUGGAUGAUCUGAUCUCUGGCGAGGACACGGCAGAUCAGGCUAUACAGACAGCGCAAGAAAUUUCAUCUAUUCUGCAAAAGGGUGGCUUCAUAUUAUCAAAAUGGUGUUCAAAUUCUAAGGACUUUAUGCAAUUCAUAGAUGAAAGUAAGAGAUCAACACGAGUACAAUUAGAUUUAAAACUAGAUGGAACUGUACAAGCCCUGGGAUUGAUCUGGAAUCUAGGAACAGAUCAAUUUCAGUAUAAAAUAGACUUACCCCCAGUGUCAGAUAAAAUUACAAAGAGAACUAUCUUAUCGGACAUGCAGAAACUGUUCGACCCGCUGGGAUGGAUCGCUCCGAGUUUAAUCUUGGCUAAAAUGUUAAUACAAAAAUUAUGGAUGGAAAAGACUGGCUGGGAUGACAAAAUAAGCCAAACCCUGAUCGACGAGUGGUUGACUAUUCGUAAGGACUUUGAAGAAGUUAAAAACAUAUAUAUUGAUCGAUGGCUUGGCACAUUAAGUAAUGAGGUAGACACGAUAGAAAUUCACGGCUUCAGCGACGCCUCCACGCGAGCAUACGCUGCAGUGGCUUAUGUCAGAAUAAAGAGGCAGGAUGGCUCGGUGUCAACAAAACUGCAAGCAGCAAAGACUAGAGUGGCACCGCUGCGUACUGUGUCCCUACCACGGUUAGAGCUGUGUGGGGCGCUGUUGUUGUCGAGAUUGCUUAAGCAAAUACAACAAGCCCUGAGAAUACCUACCUCAAACGUCUAUGCAUGGACAGAUUCAACCAUUGUCCUUGCAUGGUUAUCAGGCGAUCCACACAAUUGGAAGACGUUUGUAGCAAACCGGGUUGUAGAGAUAGCUGAAAGUGUGGACAAUAACCGGUGGUUUCAUGUCUCGUCUGAAGAUAAUCCAGCAGACAUUGGGUCACGUGGUAUGCUAAUAGUUGAUCUGGAAAAGUCUGACUUGUGGUGGAAGGGUCCAACUUGGCUCUCUGAAACAGAAAUAAUAUUAAAACAAGAAUGUGCAUCUACUGAUUUAGAAAGAAAACAGGAUAAAAUACAAGCAAAUUUAAAAAUAGAUAUUGAGGAAGGCCUGACGUCACAAUUUAAAGAAUAUACUAAUUUACAAGAAUUGAUAAAAGCGAUAACAUAUUGUAUAAGAUUUUUAAAUUUUAAAAGAAAUUUGAAAAACAUGGGAAAAGAUUUUACUACAAAUGAAUUAGAAAGGUCACUCAUGAAAUGUAUAGAAUUAGUACAACAAGAAGAAUUCCAAGAUGAUAUAGAGAGACUAAAAUCAAAUAAAGCAUUAAAAAAGGAAAGUAAAAUUAAAACCUUGAAUCCUUACCUUGACGGAGCUGGUAUCCUCAGGGUGGGCGGUCGACUUCGUAACGCGAACUUGGAUGAGCAGGUUAAACACCCUAUUGUAUUAGGAAACAAGAACGAUUUGGUGACCUUGAUUAUCGCCGAUGCACAUGCUAGAACAUUGCAUGGUGGUGUUCAACUCAUGUUGAGUUAUCUAAGCUCAAGGUAUUGGAUUGUACGUGGCAAGACACUCAUAAAAUCGUGCAUUCACAAGUGUCUCAUAUGUGCCAGACUUAGAGCGAAAUCAAGAACACAGAUAAUGGGUGACCUGCCUAAAGUGAGAGUCACUCCUGCUCGAGCUUUCUUACACACCGGAGUUGAUUUUGCAGGCCCAUUUCAGAUAAGCAUGUCCAAAGGAAGAGGCAUUAGAACUCAAAAGGCAUACAUUUGCGUAUUCAUAUGCAUGUCAACCAAGGCAAUACACCUUGAGCUGGUAAGCGAUUUAACCUCAGAAGCUUUCAUCGCUGCGUUCAAGCGGUUUGUUGCAAGAAGAGGGAAAUGUAGCCAUAUAUGGAGUGACCAGGGACGAAACUUUGUUGGUGCCAACAAAGAGCUGAUGGCUGCAUGGAAAGAAGCAAAUCUGGUCUUCGAAGGUGUAAUAUCAAACACACUGGCAAUGGAAGGAACGCAAUGGCAUUACAUACCGGCGUACUCACCGAACUUUGGAGGUUUGUGGGAAGCAGGUGUAAAGUCGGUCAAGCAUCAUUUGAAACGCGUUCUCUCCACCAACCUCACGUACGAAGAAAUGAUCACCGUGCUGUGCCAGAUUGAGGCCUGUCUCAACUCCAGGCCGUUGUGUCCUAUCGACGACAAAGAUCCAGACUGCAUAGAAGUACUUACACCGGGACACUUCCUUAUUGGUGAAGCCCCUAUCGUUGUACCGUCACCUGACUUCAAAGACGCAAAGAUGCAUUCCCUAUCCCGGUGGCAGUAUACACAAAAAUUGCUCGGUGAUUUCUGGCGACGUUGGCAACAAGAAUACUUAACGAGAUUACAACAACGUCCCAUUUGGUUAAAGAAAAUAGAAGAGUUCAAGGUCGGUGAUGUUGUUUUAAUAAAGACCGACGGAUUACCACCAGGAAAGUUUUCCCUGGGUCGUGUUAUACAAAAACACCCGGGAGAGGACGGUAUUACCAGAGUCUACAGUAUAAAAAGCGGCAACAGCGUAGUGAAGAGAUGUUGUUCAAAGUUAUGCGCGUUGCCUAUUGAUUCUGAAUAA